AUGGAUGCCGAUCAAAGACGCCAACGAUGGCUGCAGUUGACCCAAUCGCUGCCGCUGCGUUUCGCCUUGGUGGCCACCAUGACCUUGGUGUUGUUGCUACCCCUCGAGCUGGUCGACUCGGUGGUCGACGAGCGCGCAGCCCGCUACCAGGGCGUGCUCAGCGAGAUCGCAGAUAUCUGGGGUCACACCCAAACCCUGAUCGGACCACUGCUAGUGGUGCCCUAUGAAUAUGAGGUGACUCAGCAGAUUCCAUACGAAAAGAAAGACGGCACUAUCGAGGAGCGUGAGAAGGUCACCGCCCACCAAGACUGGGCGGUUUUCCUUCCCGAUGCGGUGGAUGUGACCACCACCAUCGACCCGCAGUACCGCCAGCGCGGCAUCUAUCGCUCGCUGGUCUACAAGGCUGCGGUCGACCUCAGGGGACAGUUCGCCACACCCGACUUCUCGCGUUUCGCCAACACCCCGACUCGGAUCGACUGGCAAGGUGCCUUUCUCAGCCUUGGCCUCAGUGAUACCCGAGCGAUCGACGAUUCAGCAGCCUUGGAAUGGGCUGGCCAACAGAUCGGUUUCUCCCCUGGCACACGCUAUGACGAGCUGCUGUGUUCCGGGCUCCACGCCGAGCUCGACGGGCAGCCGAUCAGCGAAUCCAAGAACUUCUCGAUCGCGCUGCAACUGCGCGGUUCGGAGGGCUUUUACUUCACCCCCGUCGGCCGGCAAACCACCGCGCGGUUCGAUUCGACUUGGCCAGACCCCAGCUUUCGUGGCGCCAUCUUGCCGACCCGUCACGAGAUCGGUGAACAGGGAUUCGAGGCCGAUUGGAAUAUCCCCCAUCUAGCUCGCUCCUACCCGCAGAGCUGGGCCCGAGGCCAGGAUCCGCCCGAGUGCCAGGUGCUGAAGGACUCCAGGGCUGGGGUGCAGCUGUUCGAGCCGGUCGACUUCUACCGGACUUCGGAACGGGCCAUCAAGUACGCGGUGCUGUUCAUCGGUCUCACCUUCUUGGCUUUUUUCCUCUUCGAGCACACCCUCGGCGUUCGCCUGAGCGUGAUCCAGUACGCCCUGGUUGGCAGCGCGUUGGCGCUGUUUUAUCUGUUGCUGAUCUCGUUGGCAGAGCACAUCGGAUUCCUCGGCGCCUAUCUGCUGGCCUCGGUCGGAGUGGUCUCGAUGGUCGCGAUGUACGCCAAGGCGGCGCUGCGUAGCAUCACCAAAGGGCUGGCCGUAGGGUCGAUCUUGACCGCCAUCUACGGCCUGCUCUAUGUCUUGCUGCAGCAGCAGGACUACGCCCUGCUGCUGGGCACCUUGCUGCUCUUCGCCGUGCUCGCUCUGACCAUGUAUCUGACCCGCCACCUGAGCCGGGUCAGCACCGCGGUCGCCGGGCCUUCGACUACAGCUCCUUGA